AGCGUCAACGCUAGCAAUAACGUCAAGUCUUCCACUAGCAUCAAACUCCAGGAACACGAGUCAAGCAGUGCCUUUCUGAAGCUCGAGACGUCCGAAGGAUGGAAAGCGUUUAUGUGCCGUUUUAUUCAGUGGGUUGCGUUUUCGGAUCCUCCUGGAGACAAGUGCAAGACCGUACGGGGUUACUUCGAUAGUCCGGGUACGAAAGACGAGCAGAGUUUGCGGAUGCGGGACGCUAUAAAGGCCGAGAACCAUGCCCACCGGUUUUCUCUCACACCUGCCGCCGCGACUCAAGCAGCUGCAGUCACUUCCCUGGGCACCGAGUCGCCACCGGCCAAGAGAUCGCGAACCGAACCCAUUGGGGCCGACAUGCUCGCGGAAGUGAGUGGCUCGCCUGGGCGCAGUGUCAUGGUUGGCAGAAAGACGGCAGAGGAGCCGGCAAGGGUUCGCGCUGGCGCUUCUGGUUCGUCAUCGUCGAGCAGCUGCCUGCCAAUGGAUCGCCCACCUGGUGACUCCGGGCGCCCUUCGGAUGCAUCGCAACCGGGCAGGAACGUGCCGGAAAAUAUGCGGGACCCGCAAACUAUUGGCGGGGGCGGGCGGAUGACAGCGAAGGCCUGGGAUGUUGACUGCUAUCAGUUCGCGGCUCGACGAGUGCCC